AUGUACACGAAUACCCUUUCGCGCAACUUACGCUCGACCCACUACCAGAUGCCUCGUCAUCCGACGCUGACGUGGCGGUUCCGAAAGGAGCAGCCUCGCGUCCAGCAGGAAGGCGAGCGCUGUGCGAUCGCUGUCAACGACCGUCGCGCGCGUGUCUAUGCCCUAGUUUACCGCCGAGUAGAUUCCGCCCGCAUCAUGACUGGACGAAGGUUCCUCGAAGGAUCUUCAGCUGAGUUGGACCGGGCGCUGAUCCCUCGCUGCGGGGAUAGACUGGGUGACACGUGUCAGGAGGGGAGAGGGGGUGGGGAAACGGAGGCUGAAAGGCCAGGGGAGGAAAACGGGCGAAGCGCAGGGGAGGAGCGAGAGAGGGGGAAUGGAUGGAAUGCUGGGAGUGAGCCUCUGAAGAGAGAAAGAGCAGGGAUCGGGAGCGGAGAUGCGGAUUCGGUACGCGCAGGGGACGGUGUGUGUGAAGCGAGGAGCUGGGGAGCAUGCGGCGCAGGGGACGGUGUGUGUGCGUGUGGGCACGUGCGGCUGCUCAUGUUCCCGGGGGAGGGCGCUCUGCCGGUGGGCGACUGGUGGAGGUGGUAUCUGGCCCGGCGUCAACUGGCAGCACAGCAUCUGGGGGAGAGAGGUGGAGCGGAGCAGCGAGGGGUGGAGGGAGGGUGCGGGGACAGGCCGCGGGAAUCGAGGGAGGAGAAGGGUUGUGGGGAGUGGGGCGGGGUGUGUGGGAAGGAGGAGAAGGUGCGUGGGGAGUGGGGCGGGGGGUGUGGGGAGGAGGAGAAGGGGCGUGGGGAGUGGGGCGGGGGGUGUAGGGAGGAGGAGAAGGUGUGUGGGAAGUGGAGCCAGAAGUGUGGAGCAGAGGCGCAGGGGUGUGGGCAGUGGAUCAGGGAGUGUGGGGAGGGGUAUGAUGUGACCCUGGUGGUGAUCGACGGCACAUGGGAGCAUGCCAGGGAGAUGAUGAAGGCGAGUGGAAGCUUCCUCAGGCGCCACUGUGCUAUGGUGUGCCUACCCUUUGACCUCGCUUCCCCCGGCCCUCCGCCGGGCCACCUGGGCCUUGUGGUGCGCAAGGAGCCACACAAAGGGGCUCUAUGUUCCCCCACCGUCCUUCCUUGUCGGCGUCACACCCUGCCACACACGCUUCCCCUCGUCGACGUCGCCGUCCCCCACGCUUCCCCCCACCGUCGCCCGCGCUUCUUCCCGCUGUCGAUCACACUUCACUCCGUCGUUGACCACGCUCUUCCUCCCGUCACCCACGCUUCCCCCCACUGUCGCUUACGCUCCCACCCACCGUCGCUUUCACACUUUCCCCCACCGCGCCCUCGCUUUCCGCCACCGUCGCUCACGCUUUCCCUUACCGCUGCUCACGCUCCCUCCUGCCUUCCCCCACGCUUCCCCACACCGUCGCUCGCGCCCUCCCCCACCUUCCCUCACGCUUCCCCGCACAUCACCCACGCUUUCCCCCACCGUCGCGCUCGCUUCCUCCCACCGUCGCCCACGCUUUCCCCCACCGUCGCGCUCGCUUCCUCCCACCGUCGCCCACGCUUUCCCCCACCGUCGCGCUCGCUUCCUCCCACCGUCGCCCACGCUUUCCCCCACCGUUCAUCGCCCACGCUUCAUCUCACCGUCGCCCACGCUUCCUCUCACCGUCGCCCACGCUUUCCCCCACCGUCGCCCACGCUUCCUCUCACCGUCGCCCACGCUUCCCCUCACUGUCGCCCAUGGCAGGUGGUGGUGCGGCUUUGGAGCAGAGUGUUGGGCGCACAGCCAGGGCAGCGCGUGCAGGCGGGCAGCAAGGAGUGCAGUGCUGCAGGGGGCUGUCGUCCUCCUCUCCCUCUCUCUUCCUCCCUUCCUCCAUCUAUCCCACACUCUCUGCCUCACUACCCUCUUUCCCCUUUCUGUUGCCCGUUCUCCCUCCCUUUCUCCCGCCCUCCCUUCCUGCCAUUCUCCCUCUCCUCAUCCUCCCUCGAUCCAGUCCCCCUUUCCCUUUCCAUCUCCCUCUCGCCCACUCCCUUCCUCACGCCAACCCUGCUCCUCCGUUCCACCCAUCCUCUCAUCCGCCCAUCCUCUCAUCCGCCCAUCCUCUCAUCCGCCCAUCCUCUCAUCCGCCCAUCCUCACUCCGUCGCCCUCACUGCCUCCCACUCUCCCUACACUCCCUCCCACCGUCACCCACGCUCCCCCCACACCCUUGUACCCUUCUUUCCUUCUCUCUGAUUCUCCCUUCUCCCCGUUCCUCCCUUAUACCCUGCCACACUUUUACCUCCCUCACUUUCUCCCAUCCGCCCUUCCUCCAAGCCUCCCUCCUCCCUACCACUCUCCCACCCACUCUUUCUUUCAUCCUCCUGCCUCUCCACCCUGCUGCCCUUUUUUUCAAGCUGCCAUCUUCCGAUAUUCCUAUCCUCCGCCUUUCUGUCUGA